GCGUGACUUAAUAUAUAAAAUAAAUAUACUACUGGUAUUUUAUACUGUACUAAAGCUUUGUAACAUAGAGCUUUUAGAGCUUUUAUCAUCGACCAACUAUCGAAAUUCAAAAUUAGUGGUUUAAAAACACAAAAUUUUUUUAGUUCCCAGUGAUAUCGUUGGUGUCUAAUUAGUUUUUUAAUUACGAAUGAAGACAAAAUGUUGCUACCGUCAUAUUUCAAUGGGCAUACGGACGUACUGCUCUAUCAAAUAAACAAAUAUUACGUCGAACGAGUGCAAAAUCGCGUGUUAGAAGUGCAGUCGUCGAUUCAGGACGUAUGUAAAAUAGUACAAAAUAUAUUAAAAGAAGUUGAGUUACAGGAGCCGCGAUUUGUGUCCUCACUGACUGAGUGCAAUGGUAAAUAUGAGGGGUUAGAAGUGGUAACACCGUGUGAAUUUGAGGUGGUCCUCUAUUUAAAUCAAAUGGGUGUAUUUAAUUUUGUCGAUGACGGCACCCUACCGGGUUGUGCUGUACUCAAGCUGAGCGACGGUCGCAAACGUUCAAUGUCACUGUGGGUUGAAUUUAUAACUGCAUCAGGUUAUUUAUCAGCCAGGAAAAUACGAUCGCGUUUUCAGAGCCUAGUGGCACAGGCCUGCGAUAAAUGUAAGUAUGGAGACACCGUUAAGGUAAUCAGUGAUACCACGGAUGUUAAACUGAAAAUACGCGAGCGCUUUGUCGUACAAAUAACCCCAGCAUUUAAAUGCACGGGAGUUUGGCCGCGGUCGGCUUCUCAGUGGCCAUCGACGUCUGGGCAAAACAACGUAACUGGACUGUGGCCUUACAAUAAUUUGAUUGCUGAUGUAAAGACCGAGGGGUUCGAUUUGCUGUCAAAAGACAGUGUAAUUUUUCAGCAGAACAAACAGUCUGCUCUAGAAGGCGAUGCGUGGAUUUUGUCAUUCACGAAAGCCGAAAUACGACUACUGAAAGGCGGAUACAGACACAGAUGUCUCAGUAUUUUGAAGACUUUGAGAGAUAGACAUCUAGACUUGCCGGGUAAUCCGGUCACGGGUUACCAUAUCAAGACUUUGCUGCUCUAUGAAUGCGAAAAACAUCCGCUGGAGACCGAGUGGGAUGAAAAUUGUGUCGGGGAUAGAAUUGUUGGUAUUCUAGUGCAAUUAAUAUCGUGCUUACAGUGUCGCAAGUGUCCCCAUUAUUUUUUACCGAGUCUUAAUUUAUUUAAAGGAAAACCAGCCAGUGCGCUUGAAGGUGCGUCUAAACAAGUUUGGAGAGUUGUCAGGGAAUUGGUCACCAAUUCCCGAGCACUUGAGACUUUAUAAAUGAUAAUUAUUAAUUUUCCGUAUGGAAAAUUUAUUUUUUUAUUGUGUUAAAAAAUUUAAAAAAAUUUCCCGCUGACUUUGUUAUGAAAAUGUAAAUAAAUAAUUUAUUUAAUGGACUAAUUUAUUUAAAAUAAUUAAUUAUCGAUAUAUGUCAAUGAUAAUGUUUAAUAAAUUAAUAUAAUUAUAGAUAAUAUAUAUCUAAUGUAUAAAAAAUAUAUAAAAUUAAAUCA